AGGUGAGCACUGCAGCCAUCGAUCCAAAAACAACACUUACAAAUUCAGAAAUUCCGAUUGAAAAGCUGAGAAAUGUGGAGCUGAUGAUUCUUCUGAGAUUCGACUAAUUCUGAUCCAUAUUCUCUCUCUCAGAGGAAGAUGGGUGGAUGGAGAAACGCCUUUCAAGAGGCGGCCAGCUCAAAGCCGCUGUUCCUCACGAUAUACGCUACGGUGAUUCUGGGAAUAGUGGUGUCCACCUUCUAUGUCUUCUCUGCAAUUUACUCUCCCUCAGCCUCCACCACCGCACAGUCCACUUCCUGGCUUUCUUCUCCUCCUUUCUCCCAAAAUGUAGAUUCUCAUUACAUGGAUCAUGGAGUCAAUACUUCUCAACAAAAGCCAAUGAUGGGUAAGGUGCCAGCACCUGCUUCAGGCCCUGGGUUGAGGCCUAUUUGGGAAGCUCCCCCACGGAAUUCGAAAAUGCCGCCCCUAAAGAGCUUUAGACUAACUAAAGAACUGGUUGAGCAGAGGGUCAAAGAUAAUAUCAUCAUUGUCACCUUUGGAAACUUUGCCUUUAUGGAUUUCAUCCUCACUUGGGUUAAACAUUUGACGGAUCUUGGCAUUUCUAAUCUUCUAGUUGGUGCCAUGGACACUGAACUUGUGAAUGCCUUGUAUUGGAAAGGAAUUCCAGUUUUUGAUAUGGGCAGCCACUUGAGCACAGCUGAUGUUGGCUGGGGAUCCCCUACAUUUCAUAAAAUGGGUAGAGAAAAAGUUAUCCUCAUAGAUUCUCUCCUUCCGUAUGGCUAUGAGAUACUGAUGUGUGAUACAGACAUGGUGUGGUUGAAGAACCCACUUCCCUAUCUUGCUCGAUACCCUGAUGCUGAUGUCCUAACUUCAAGCGAUCAAGUUGUGCCAACUGUCACAGAUGACAGAUUGGACAUCUGGCAACAAGUUGGAGCUGCCUACAAUAUAGGAAUUUUCCACUGGCGGCCAACAGAGCCUGCAAAAAAAUUAGCAAAAGAAUGGAAAGGUAUGCUUUUAGCUGAUGACAAUAUCUGGGAUCAGAAUGGAUUUAAUGAACUUGUACGGAGGCAGUUAGGACCAUCUGUUGAUGGGGACAGUGGACUUGCAUAUGCUUUUGAUGGAAGUCUCAAACUGGGACUUUUGCCAGCAAGUAUAUUUUGUAGUGGGCAUACCUUUUUUGUCCAGGCCAUGCCUCAGCAACUGAGGAUGGAACCAUAUGCUGUGCAUACCACGUUUCAGUAUGCAGGUACAGAAGGAAAGCGUCACAGACUAAGGGAAGGAAUGCUUUUCUAUGAUGCACCUGAAUAUUAUGAUGCACCGGGAGGUUUCUUGUCAUUUAAACCUUCCAUUCCAACGAGCUUGUUACUGGAUGGGGUGCAUAAUCUUGAAUCCCACUUCUCCCUUGUUAAUUACCAAAUAAAACAAAUAAGGUCAGCACUUGCUGUUGCAUCAUUGUUGGACCGUACACUGGUUAUGCCUCCACUAUGGUGCAAGUUUGAUAGGCUGUGGUUUCCACAUCCUGGAGUCCUACAGGGUUCAAUUACUAGACAACCUUUCCUGUGCCCUUUAGACCAUGUGUUUGAGGUACAUGUCAUGCUGAAAGAUUUAUCAGCAGAGGAAUUUGGCCCUAGGAUCAACAUAAGAGAGUACUCUUUUCUCGAUAAUCCAUCAUUGCCCAAACAAGUGAAAGAGUCAUGGCUUGAUGUUCAGCUUUGUCAAGAUGGAAGCCAAGAUUGUCAUGCAUCAAGUAACUUGAGUCAACCUGGUCUCCUGAGAUUUCCAAAAAACAGCAGUGAAGAAAUGUUCAUGGAAGUUUUCUCUGCAUUCAAGGAUGUCAAAGUCAUCCAAUUCUCUUCAAUGAAAGAUGCUUUCUCUGGAUUCACUGACAAGACAAGAGAGGAGAAAUUCAGGAACCGUGUCAAGCGUUAUGUUGGUAUAUGGUGCUGUGUUCAGAACCAUAAGCCCGGACACAUAUACUAUGACAUGUACUGGGAUGAGAAACCCAACUGGAAACCCAUCCCACCCCAGACUCGACAAGAUGACCAUCCACCAUGGUGAGGCCAUUUCUCAUUCAUUUCUUUUUUUUGUCAGCAUACCACUGACUUAGGGAAGACAACAAGAAGGAAGAAUUGUCAAACCGGUUAAAGCUCCUAACCCAUUGGAAACAGCAAGAGUUGUAUUCAUAUUAGAAGAUGGGGAUGAGUUUGUAUCAAUAUUUAUACAAAAUAAGAUUUCCAGAAUCAAAUUCUCGAUACAGAGAAGGGAUUGUGUAUUCUUCUUACGGUGCAAUAUUAGGUAAAAAAUUUUGAAAUAGUAU